AUGCAUACACUGCAUGAAGAACUGCUGCAGGCGGCGACCUUGCGACUCGAACGCUGCCAUCAAAGUCCUUCGACUGCUGCAAACGUAGCCAGUUCGAAAGGAACGACCGAGUUGUUCACAGCCGGCGCUCAGAGAGAGUCUAAAGGAAGCGGUUGCCGAGAAAUCCCGCAUAUAUCGGUGUUGAUCACAGUCGAAAGAAGCCAAACCAGUAGCGUAUACGCCCGAGUUGUCAAACUGGACCCAUUCCAUCUCAGUCUGGUAUGGCUCCAUCAUAACCCUGGACCCCCGGGUGUGCGUGUGCUAUCAAUAACCAUCGGGAGACCGCAGUUCCAUUUUAGACGUCGCCAGGUGCUGCUCAUCCUGGAACCGUGUUCAGCUCAAUACCAGCGAGCAAGUCGAUGGAGCGAUCGCCCUUGGCGUACGUUUUCGCUGGCGAGGGCGUUGCAGAUGCGCCUCUCGCUGGCCAGCCUGCGGAGAUGCAACAUUUUUGUAAUCGUAGUAGGUAGCGGGUCUGGGAAGUGGUACCAGGACGGCUCGUUUCUCUUGACUAGACGCGCAUGGCUCAUGACGACGUACUUCGAUCGGCUGCUGGCGUCGCUUUCUUCAGCGCUCGAGAUUAAUGCAGCGACGCUGAGCGGUGCUGCGGAUAUCAUCGUCAUCCAACAGCCCGACGGACGCCUGGUGUCGACUCCGUUUCACGUCCGUUUCGGUAAACUGCAGUUACUUAAAAGUCGCGAGAAGGUCGUGGAGAUUGAAGUUAGUCCGCUUGAUGAAGUUGAAGCGGUAGCGGUAGCAAAGCAGCUGGAGCGCUCCUCCACGGCGAGCACCGGGCCACCGCCACCCCAGAGCCUAGAAACAUCACGGGGCACGUACAGGGCACCGCUUACCAUGCUGCUUGGCUCAGCUGGUGAGGCUUUUUUUGUAGAAGAGACAUCUUCGGAGUCUACCGUCGAACUCGAGGGACAAACCCCCGGCGAGGCAAUAUGGGUGGAACGCGCCCCCAGUGAGCCACCUUCACCCUGCAGCGAAACCUUCCGCGACUGGCGCUCAGCAGCUGAGCCCAGUGCCGCGUCAAGCUGCCGAGAAGAGUCCCAGAGCGCCUUUAGCGAUAGCGAGCAGCCCACUGGAGCCGAACGCCUCCAGCUGCCUCCGUCGGACUCCGCAGACCUGAGGGCAUCCUCGCAACCAGAGUCGCGAUGGAGCAGCCGCUUCGGCAGUAUGCUACGAAGGCAACGUCAAACGGGGGCGGAAACACGCUCCUCAUCGAGCACUCCGACAGAUGUCAUAACUUUGGGGAUAGAGUCGCUGACGUCAUCGCCACCGGCCGCUGCACAGCAACAAGCUGAACUGCUGGCAUCGCGGGCUUCAUCGCGAUCCUCACUAGAGGGCGAGAGGUCUCCCGCAGCUGGCGUGGAGUCGCUUGUCUUUGAAAUGGAUGACAGUGGCCAAGCGAUGACUGAGUCCAGUGUACCGGAAGUUGCAGCCGCUACCGCACCCGCACCCGCAGCAUUCACGAGCGCCACGGAUGUGCAUGCUGUCGGCAAGCCCCCCGUUGCCUUGUCGCUAUGUGGGCACUUGAUCACACCCCAAAUGACCCCUGUACAAGUACAUGAGGUAUUCGAAGCAAACCGCAUAUCCCUUGAUUACUUUCGGGGUCAUGUUACCAUUCUCAAUCAUCCAGAUAUUCUGGUACGCAUUCAUGACCAAAUCUACCCGCUACGAGUCGCAACACCGUUGCUGUACGGCAUGUUGGCCUUUAACACGGUGCUUGAUCCCCAUGCGGUCGAUCGACAAACAACAGCACCAAAAGCGCGACCGCCGAGAGCGCGUUUUACCUGGUUCGGGCUUCGAAGCAGUCAACUAGAGGACUCUAGUACCGAUUUGUUGCAGCUGGGUGAGCCACUCACGGAAGCGGAAACUGAACUCAAGCCACCGAUGGAAACAAGCACGACCAGCACCGCCGAAGCGAAGCAACAUCUGCUGCCGCUGCACCGACCGCGAUACAUGCGCAAGUCGUUGUAUCCGAGUUCUGCGCAGUUGGCGCAACUCGGCCUGCGACCCGGAACUAAUCUGAUCACGUUCACAGUGCAGAGUCGAUUACAAGGAGUUCAACGAGUUUGUAGUCGAAUCUAUUUGUGGCCCCAUGAUGUGCGUCUAUGCAUCAGCGACGUCGACGGUACCAUUACACGUAGCGAUGUGCUUGGACAAAUUCUCCCGCGUGUCGGCAAGGACUGGAGUCAUCAGGGCGUCGCCAGUUUGUAUCGAGCCAUCGCUCGGAACGGGUACAAGUUUCUCUAUUUAACAUCGCGUGCGAUAGGACAGGCGUCGGCUACUCGAAGCUACUUGACAACGCUGCAGCAAGAGGGGGGUCUUGGUCUUCCCGACGGGCCGCUCCUGCUCUCCCCGGAUCGGGUGAUCGAGUCUUUCACGCGCGAAGUGCUUCGACGGCGUCCGCAAGACUUUAAGAUUGCAGCAUUGGAGCAGGUCCGUCGACUCUUUCCACCGGGCAACUACAAUCCGUUUUUCGCGGGUUUCGGGAACCGCGACUCUGACCGCAUCGCCUAUGCGGCCGUUGGGGUGCCACCAGAGCGCGUCUUUAUUGUGAACGCUCGCGGCGAGCUGCAGGUGGGUAACCACGUAUACAGUGCGCUCUCGUCGUUCAACGCGCUGCAGAAACUCGUUGACUCCAUCUUUCCCGACAUUUCCACCGUUUCUGGGCAGCAGAAAGUAAUGGAAGUUCACGAAGCGCAUGCCUUUAAUGAUUAUCAGUAUUGGAAGCGACCCUAUUCACCGACGGGAAGUAGCAGCGACGCUGUAUCGCGUUUCUUUUCGUAG